UUCUAGCUCGGCUUGCAUCAUCGAGCUUCCAGGCACGGCAGUGUGGUGGGACUCGCCGAGGGCCGGCUCGAGGCUCUCGGUCGACCCCGCUGGAGGCUCUCAUGUGCAAUGACCCACUACUCUCAUCACCAAUUAACCGCCACCACAUAAAGUUGAGGUUGUUGAGAAACAACAUAAUUUGUUGAUUAGGGGCAUUUUCCGCCAUUGGCGCCUCGAUAAGAUUUUGCCCCGCAAAUCUAACGUACCUCCUUCUACUCCCCUAAGGAAAACCCUAAAUACUACUAAUAAACCCGCCGUCGCCGCUGCCCCACCGCCGAAAUGGCGGCCUCCGCUCCGACCCCCACGUCCUUCAAACCCUCCCAGGAGCCUUCUGUGUCCAAUUCGCCGAAGCUUCUUUCCAGAUUCACCCUCCCUUUCCCUCACAAUCCCCAAAAGCCGCCAGCCGCCCCCGCCAUUUCCCUCCGCCGGCCCCUCCAAAAUUUGAAUGUGUUAACUUCUCCCGACAAACAAGUUCUCCAAGAGGAGGAGACGUUCGUCUCCCGGUUCGCUCCAGAUGAACCUCGAAAGGGCUGCGACGUUUUGGUAGAGGCGCUAGAGCGAGAAGGGGUCACCGACGUCUUCGCCUACCCCGGCGGCGCGUCUAUGGAGAUCCACCAAGCGCUCACCCGUUCCAACACCAUCCGGAACGUGCUCCCCCGCCACGAACAGGGCGGUGUCUUCGCCGCCGAGGGCUACGCCCGCGCUUCCGGCCGCCCGGGCGUCUGCAUCGCCACCUCCGGCCCCGGAGCCACCAAUCUGGUCUCUGGUCUGGCGGAUGCUCUCCUCGACAGUGUCCCGUUGGUGGCGAUCACAGGGCAAGUGCCGCGGCGCAUGAUCGGCACCGAUGCCUUCCAGGAAACCCCCAUUGUUGAGGUAACUAGGUCGAUCACCAAACAUAACUAUCUUGUUUUAGACGUUGAAGAUAUUCCGAGAAUUGUGAGAGAAGCAUUUUUCAUUGCGCGGUCGGGUAGGCCUGGUCCGGUUCUGAUUGAUGUGCCCAAGGAUAUUCAGCAGCAAAUGGUGGUUCCGAAUUGGGAUCAGCCGAUGAGGUUGGGUGGUUACUUAUGUAGAUUGCCUAAGCCCCCGAGUGAAGCGUUGCUCGAACAGAUAGUUAGAUUGAUAUUUGAGUCGAACAGGCCUGUUCUUUAUGUAGGUGGUGGGUGUUUGAAUUCGAGCCAAGAGCUGAGGAGAUUUGUGGAGCUCACCGGGAUUCCUGUUGCUAGCACACUCAUGGGUCUCGGCUCUUAUCCUUGUUCGGAUGAAAAGUGUUCAUUGCAAAUGCUCGGAAUGCAUGGUACAGUCUACGCAAAUUAUUCAGUGGACAAGAGUGAUUUGUUACUUGCUUUCGGUGUCAGGUUUGAUGACCGUGUGACUGGAAAGUUGGAAGCCUUUGCAAGUAGAGCCAAGAUUGUCCACAUUGACAUCGAUUCUGCCGAGAUUGGGAAGAACAAGCUGCCACAUGUGUCUAUUUGCGCUGACAUUAAAUUGGCUCUGCAAGGCUUGAAUUUGAUAUUGGAAGAGAAAGGGAAAGAGGGCGAGGUUAAUCCUCUCGACUUUUCAGCCUGGAGGCAAGAGCUUAAAGAGCAGAAGUCGAAAUUUCCGUUGAGCUAUAAGACAUUCGGUGAUGCCAUUCCUCCUCAGUAUGCAAUCCAGGUUCUUGAUGAACUCACCGGAGGGAAUGCAAUUAUCAGCACCGGUGUUGGGCAGCAUCAGAUGUGGGCCGCACAGUUCUAUAAGUACAAUAAGCCACGACAGUGGUUGACAUCAGGUGGUUUAGGGGCGAUGGGUUUUGGACUCCCAGCUGCAAUGGGAGCUGCUGUUGCAAGGCCGGAUGCAGUUGUAGUGGACAUAGACGGUGAUGGUAGCUUUAUAAUGAACGUGCAAGAGUUGGCUACUAUCCGGGUGGAGAACCUUCCCAUUAAGAUUAUGUUGUUGAAUAACCAGCAUCUUGGUAUGGUGGUCCAGUGGGAAGAUCGCUUCUACAAGUCCAACCGAGCUCAUACUUAUCUUGGAAACCCUUCCAAAGAGUCGGAGAUUUUCCCUGAUAUGUUGAAGUUUGCAGAGGCUUGUGAUGUACCUGCUGCUCGUGUGACAAAGAAGGACGAUGUCAGGGCCGCAAUUCAGAAAAUGUUGGAGACUCCCGGGCCGUAUCUCUUGGAUGUCAUUGUACCACAUCAAGAGCAUGUCUUGCCCAUGAUCCCUAGUGGUGGAGCUUUCAAAGAUGUGAUAACAGAGGGUGAUGGAAGAGCUAAAUAUUGAUGAAUGUGUAGCGAAAAUUAGACCAUCAGUAAUGGAUCCAUGUUACGAGUUGGCUUGUAAUGUUUAUACAGAAUAACUUCACUCAUUCGCUGCUGCAGAGGAGGCUGACAUGUCGAAGGAUUUUCUUCUUACCAAGAGGGAGGUAACCUUUGAAGAAUGAGCAUGUGUAUUAUCGGGACUGCAUAGCACAAAAUCUGGCCUAUAGAGUGCAAGAUUCAGCUGAUCUUCUCCCACAACCAAUGCUGUAGCGUCAAGCAGAACAUGCCAUGAGUUUCUAUGAGCUUCUGAAAUCCAAUGCAUGGAGUAUCGCGUCCCAUUUACUUCAACCGGGUAGGAAAACAGCCCUUUGGGAGUGUGCUUGCAUUUCCUUCUGAAAUAAUGACUAAGUUGUGAACCCUUAAUCCUCAAAUCCAACCAAGAUUCCGGUGCCGCAAUCACUCUUGAUUCCUUGUAGGUUGCAAAUUCUUUCACAUAAUCGGCCUCUUCCCCAAUAAUCGUCAGGUAAUAGUUCCCCUUGAAAAAGGGGUAGCUUUCUCCAACCAACAUCAUUGCAUCCUUAUAGUUCUGAGUGAAGAGAACAAGAUAUUCCUCAUCAGGUAAUCCACAGUGUUUCAAAACCUUGUUUCUAGCUUGAAUUUCAGGAAUUGAGACGAAACUCCCUACAAAAGAGGACUUUUUGGUGAGUAUGCUGAGUAAUCUUGAUGGCUCCAGCUGUGUAUUCUCAAGAUCAGGGAGGCUGCUUCCAAAUGUAUCUCUGGAAAAUCCUCUUGGUGAUUUCCGCUUGUCGUCUGGUUGGGGUUCUUCGAGUUUUUCUGUGACACAAAGAUCAUACAGAUCAGUUUUUUCUCCUCCUUCCACGAGGGCGUUGGAGUACUCUGGGUACUUGGCCACGACAUAUUGUUCCACGUAUUGCAUUUCACUCGGAGUUAUCGGUCCUGACCACCUGAGGUCCAGACCGUGGAGCGUGGAUAUGGCUUCAGCAACUAUAUGAGCCGGUCAAAAGGUGGAGAGAGAAAGAGAAGAAAAGUCCGUACUGGAAAGUAGGAGAUGAAACCAAAGUGAAUACAGAAGAUGCUGCUCUAUUUUGAUAAAAUCAUCGUCAACAACAAAGAGGGCUGGAAAUAUGGGAGAUGCAACGAUAGAUGAUGGAUGGUGUUGCAGAGUAAGUCAAGAGCAAGAUAUGAAGAGUGGCAACAAAAUGUAGCUGUUGUGGUGAUGGGGUUCAGAGUUUUAAAAUAAGAGCAGAGGCAAUCUAGAGAAGGUAGAGAGUUGUAUUAUGCAUCAUUUUGUUUGCAAAAUAGACAUGAUUCCGUCACUGGUGUUUUGGAUUUUUGUUAGGAUCAAUGAUUAUAUACAUUAACGA